UCCUUCCUCAGUUGACCACUAUCUUCAAUCGUGAAUUCGUGAUAUUGGAAAUCCGUUGAGUGACCGCUUAAUCACCGACCAAACGUUCUGUCAAGAGAUGGACGUCAGUGGCAAUGGGGGCGGCGGAUCAGUUGCCGGUGAGAAUCCGGCGAUAAACGUGAGUGGUCCGCCUCCGUUCCUUAGCAAGACCUAUGCUAUGGUAGAUGACCCUUUGACGGACUCGAUUGUCUCAUGGGGGCCGUGGAACAACACCUUCGUGGUGUGGGAACCGCUGGUGUUCGCGCGUGACCUUCUUCCCAAGUAUUUCAAGCACAACAACUUCGCUAGCUUCGUCCGACAGCUCAAUACCUAUGGAUUUAGGAAGAUUGAUCCUGAUCGCUGGGAAUUUGCAAAUGAAGGGUUUUUAAGAGGACAUAAACCUCUUCUAACAUACAUAAACAGAAGAAAACAAUCUCUUCCUCAAAAUGCUUCAUUUCCAUCAUGCGUUGAAGUGGGAAAGUUUGGGUUAGAUGCAUAUAUCGAAAGGCUGAAGAGGGACAAAAAUGUUCUCAUGCAGGAACUAGCAGAGCUGAGGCAGCGGCAGCAGGCCACAGACGCUCUGCUGCAAGCCUUAACAGCCCACGCUCAGGGGAUGGAACAGCGCCAGCACCAAAUGAUGUCAUUCUUGUCUAAGGCCAUGCAUAGCCCAGAACUCUUAGCCCAAUUGGUUCAGCGCAAGCGAUCCAAUAACGACAUUCCUGAUAGCAACAAGAAGCAGAGAUUGCCCAAUCAAAGAGAUUUUGAACGUGAAAUUUCCACCUCUGCUGGACAAAGAAUCAAGCAUCAGCACAACUUGCAAACCGAGGCAGCCAAGCCGGUGCUCAUGCAGAUACCAACUUCAGACAAAUCCUCCAUAUCGGAUUCUGCCCAACUUGGAAAUUUUUAUUUACCAAUCGAUGUUUUGGACACUAGCAGACUUUCUUCAAUUAGUAGCGAUGGAAUCCCUGUAGUUUGUUCUUCUUCUGCUGUAUCUGAAAUCUAUUCAGUUGCUCCUGAGCAAAUUCCUCAGGCAGUUACUGGUUUUCAAGAUCCCUCUCAAAUGCAAGGUAUUAUGCCUGAUGAACGUAUUGCUGACAUCCUGAGAACGAGUUUUUUGACAUUUGAAGCAGAAAGCACUCUCGUUAUUCCUUCUGCUGGAAUUGAUGAGAUGAUUCCUGUUGAAAAUGGUAUCUCUAAGUUAGAUGAGGUUUACUCUUUUUGGUAUUCAGCAGAUCCACUUUCUGGGGAAACUGAUGUGGCCAAUUUAAACAUACCUGAAGAUAACGAGAUCCCAAAAGUACCUGUGAAAGAGUGGACUGGGAUCAGAAAUUGGAAAACUUCACGGGCCAUAUGAAGACGUAACUAACAAAGCUGAUAGCUUUUACUAAACUUAGAACUGCUACUCCAGGUAGCUCUGGAUUAUUAUUCCUUUUGGUUCUCUGUGUGCUAUAUAUAUAUAAACGAAAGGGUUAGCUAAAUCCAAACAAAGUCAUCCAUACCCGACAAAGAUACCUCAAACAGUUCUAUCUGAACAUCAAAUAGAAAUAUAUAUUAUAUGAAGUAUAGAUAGAGCUGUUUGAGGUAUCUUUGCUGGAUAUGAAUGGCUUUGUUUGGGUUUAGCUAACCCUUUCGUGUGGCUCUCCACUUCCCGAAUGGGGUUUCAUAAGAUUGAAAU